UACUCCAUCAUUAGUGUCAGUGGGAGGAAUCGUGCCCCAUCAUUAGUGUCAGUGGAAAGAAUCGUGCCCCAUCAUUGAUGUCAGUGGGAGGAAUAGUGCCCCAUCAUUGGUGUCAGUGGGAGGAAAAGUGCCCCCUCAUUGGUGUCAUGUGUGAGGAAAAGUGCUCCAUCAUUAGUGUCAGUGGGAGGAAUCGUGCCCCAUCAUUAGUGUCAGUGGGAAGAAUCGUGCCCCAUCAUUGGUGUCAGUGGGAGGAAAAAUGGGGCAUUAUUCCUCCCACUGACACCGAUGAUGGGGCACUAUUCCUCCACUGACACCAAUGAUGGGGCACUAUUCCUCCCACUGACACCAAUGAUGGGGCACUAUUCCUCCCACUGAAACCAAU